CUCGCCCAGCGGAUCCAUGACAUAGUUUGUGUUUGACGUUUUGUUGAUGCAACCCUUACUCAAAGCCUGUCACUGUUGAAAAUAUCCCUCGUUUGUGUAGUGCCAAGUAGUUCGGUACCUGCUAUAUUUCUAAGGACAACGAACCUCUACUACAAUCAACAUCUAGUCGUGCCUGGUGCUCUAAUACUUAAAUAUAUUUACCUGCUUAGACAUGAUCAUCAUCUUCAAUCAGCAGUAAAAUGAUCGAUCCUGUCGUUAUUCGCGCGUAUGUGGAAAACCUUCCAAAGAAGGAGCUAGACCGCGUCUACACUUUUUUGCGGGGCGUCUCCUCUGACGUGCUGGAAGUACCUAUUUCCCUGAGGGAUGUCUUGCGCGAGCAUAAUGAUCCUGCCAGAGGCACCACCUUCGGCAGCUUGGCCUUUUGGAAAGGCAUACUCUUUCACGAGUUAGAAAUCCCGUUGCACUGCAUUGAGGUGGUGCCGGAGAGUCCGAAGUACAUGAAAAUUCCUGAGUAUUUGCGGGAUCGGGAAGUUGUAGUCACGGGAGGCGGUACAGGCGGAGAACGAGAUCAACAGCAGCAAGCUAGUGGAGGGGAAGGUGUUCAGCGUGUAGGUGCUGGUCCGCAAGUAGGGAAUCUUGUCGAAGCUGCGGAGAGUGGAGCAUCAACGAUUAUGGUCAACAAUUUUGGGUGUCCAGCUGCUCUCUCGGCAUCUUCUUGGUACUAGUACCCUUUUGCCCUGUUGUAUUCUCAUGAUGGAAUACAAGGUUCUUGUAAAAGGGGUCAACAAGAUCAUGAGAGGGCCGAGAUGCGUUGCGGCACACGCUAAAACAACAGCUCAAAAUGCUGGAGGUAGUAACGAAUCAGAAGAUAGUGACGAAGAUGAAGGAGAUGGGUGGGAAUUACAAGGUCGCACGGCAGGAGAUGAAAUCUUUCUGGACUUCUUCGGUCUAAACGACAAGGACAACUACUCUGCUCCUGCAACAUCAUCUACCAGUCCACGUGGAGCAGCUAGGGAUGAGCAACAACCGAGGUUCCGCGUAGUCAUCAACGAGUACAAGAUCCUGGUCGAGAAGGAAAGAUCGGAUCUGCACAGAAUGAAAUUUAUGUUCUUGGAACAAAGUCCUCACUACAUUCUCACUCCAUGGAAAUACUGGUCUUGGAAAGUCCUAGCUUCAUCUUAUUACUUACUAUGUUGGAAAGGACUACCCUAGGCCGUAGCCCUAACCCUAAUAAACACUACUGCUUGUUCAGUAGCAAGAGUACUAGAAACAAAAAGCCUAUAAUCUGUAAGACUUAUUUCAACAACUACUCUGAAAAACGUACUAACUUCUACUUGCAUGUUCUUGUACAGAAGUUCUGGUGGUUCUAUUAAACAAGCCUAUUCAUAUUCUAGAAGUGGUGGUAUAUAUAAUAGGCUGAACUUCUACAUGAAAUGAUGAAAAUCAAAUGCUCAACAUCUAGAUCUAAUUCCCGGCACAAGCUGAACAACAUGGGUCCAGAUCGAGUCGGGGAAUUCUUCUACCUCGAACUCUACAAACAACACCAAGACUUCACUUCCAAGGUCCGACAAGGCUAUCGACUCCUCCUUCCACCAGAACGGAUGCUCAAAGGAGCCAACAAGGACGAGCUUAUCGGUUUGAGGAACAUUGAGCGGGCCUUCUACGAUUUCCCGUCAAAGAUUGAUCCUAAACUCUACGACAUUCUUCUGAAGGAUUACCCCUUUGAAAAAGGGUGCUACAACAAGGCAGAGUUCUAUAGACUAUGCCACGAGUCGCCGUUCUUGGCGCACGCGAUGGUCAGGCAUCCUCAGGUCGCCAUACCAGAUCAAGUGUUGAACUUAAGGCUUGUGGGUGUAGCAUAAAUAUUACUAUCAGUAUCUCUCUGGUCUUACUCUGAGGUAUCUUCAGUACUCUCUUGAGUGGCUUUCAUCCCCGUGAUCUCAUAUUCACCCCAUUACGUCCUGUUUAUGAGGCCUUACGCAGCAGGUUCCUCUCUACAGAAUGCUUGCAUGCGUGGAUAUCCGCACGUGGAAGCAAUUAUAACAUGAGCAUAAAUCUACAUCUAGAAUAUUAAGAGCAGGGGACGAAACCAAGUAGGGGAGAGAAAGCAUUCUCAUAGCAAGGCACUCAGCAAAAGCGACGGAUACUAGUGAAAACCUAGGGAAAUCUUAGGCAGAUUGCCGAGUACAUUUACAUCAUCACUAGUGAAAAUAUACAAGAACCUCUAAAAAAAGUGGUCGAUCCAACGUGUUGCACCAUGUUCAACAACAAGCCUCUAGGGAGCGAGGAACUAGGAUUGGCGAUACUGGAGAAAUAUGGCAGCCGCCUCAGCAAGAAGAUGCUAAACGCGAUAGCAGAGCCACAUCACACAAGCUGCUUGACCCGUGCAAUCGUGGCAGGGUAUGAGACGCUGGCUCUGGCCUUCCUGGACCUAGUGGAUGAGAGACAAUACGUCACGCCGCCAGCUAUUAUGGGAAGGAUAUCAUAGUUUUAGCAGAUACGAGGAUACUUGAUGAUAGUUCUUACCCUUUUCUCUUUUCUAUCUUCCUCUGGUGGUCUUUCUUUUUUCUAGUUAUGUCGGCUCCACCACAAUGAUUCAAGAAUCUAGAGCAGUCUGACAACUACCUCCGUUCAGUAUGACAAUUUUUGGCUAACACUUCUCAGGUAAUGAUAUUCGAAUAUCAACACCGCUAAGGACAUUCAUGCAUUCAUUUACGUAGCAUCAAGAAGUCGGUUUUUGACUUUGUAAAUUCACUACUGCGCCGUUCUUCUUGAUCAUUUCCUAUGGGUAAAAAUAUUUAAUAUGAGUCAAAUGAUCGUGAGCCUUGUCCCAUCUUCAUAUCUCGAGGAACAGCUGGAGACGAGUGGACGAUGUCAGAUGAUAGCGAGAUCGAGAAUCCGGAAUUUGGAAUGCCGAUCUUGACAAAGGAGCUUCUAGAAGAACCCUGCCGUCAGGGAUAUGCGAUCUAUCAUCGACAGUUAAGAAGUGAAGGUGGAAGUUUAUACUAAUAUCGUCCUUUCUUUUUAAGAAGUGAACGUCGUGAAGGUUGAGGAAGCUUACUGAUUACUACUCAACAGGUCAGAGUAGAAGUAGACAGGACAACUAGGAAAGCUCCAACAUUUUUACCCUCUAAGUUGUACCACUAUCCUUUCCUGUGCACUCUUUCUCAUUUCUAGCUACAAAUAGGAUCUACGCUACCCAGUAACUGCAUUUAUUGAAUCCACUUAGCACUCAGUUGCGGAGAUGAAUAGAUGAAUAGGGAAAAUCAUCUAUUUCUCUUGAUAUUGUCUCCAUUUUUGCAGAAGAAUCUCUUCCGCUCGGCGCUACGACAGCCCUGUCGCUCUCUAACCUCCUACGGAAGGCAGUUCUCGUACUUGGCAGAUUUUCCGAAUAAUAACGGCGGCCGACAUCCUCAACCUACAGAUAUUGCGCACAUCCUCGGAAUGCCAAAGGUCCACGACAGGAUUCAAGAAUUGAUCAAGGAAUUGAGCUAGUUUCUAGCCUUUUUCUUGAUUAAGGAUAGAGAAGCAUGGGACUAUGAAGAUGUCAGGGGAUGGGGAGAGUGGUGAUUAUAUAUGAAAUCACAUCUUCGAUGCCCUUAGGGGCAGCAACACACGACCACAGUGAAAGAGGAUAUUCCAAACUGUGAGGAAGAACAACAACAGGGGAAUACUUAUACUUAAGUAUCUUAAAUAGCAAGGAAAGACGAGGUCGAGGGGUGCUUGUGCAGCAUCCUCGUGUUGAGGAUGGGAUUGGGAUUGUCCUAUGCUAUGCUAUCCUAUGUAUAGGAUAUGCGCAAAGUCGAAAAGGAAAACUUCUUUAAGAAAUAUAAGCG